AUGAUUUCGUUGCCAGCAGUAGCCAUGGACCGUCUCGGUCUGGCUCCGCCGAAGUUCAAGCCCGGCUUCUUCGUUGAUCACCGGAAGGGCGAAGUCGGGGAGCUGCGCCUGUUGCUACGCAAGAUGGCGGCAGAUUACAAGUGCUCGUCGUCGUUAGACGCGUACACUCACGUUGACAACAACACAAGGCGCAGGGAGAUUCUGAAGCGUCUGAUAAGGUGUAUGACGCUUGGUAUGGACGUGUCUAGGCUAUAUACGGAGGUGGUAAUGGUAUCGCACACAACGGAUCCAGUCCAGAAGAAAAUGAUUUACAUGUUCCUCUCCACAUAUAGCAAGGACAACCCCGAUCUCACCGUGCUCACGAUAAACACCCUGUUGAAGGAUAUCGAAAGUAUAGAUCCGGUUAUCCGCUGCUUGGCGCUCCGUAACAUAUCCGCUUUUGGCACAAAGCUGUCAAACGACUACGCGAAGGACGCCAUACUCAAGAAGUUUCACGACCCCGCGGAUGUCGUGAAGCGCUCUGCCAUUAUUGGCGGGCUGAGAGUUUACAAAUCGCAAUGCGCUAUCGCAAAGAAGGAACAAACCGAUGAAGAGGAUUGUCACGAGCAUCGUUCUGCCAUACUCCAGCAUCUUGUGUCGUCUCUGAGGUCGUUGAAUCUGGACGUGAUGUUCGACUCCUUGUGUGUUUACAGUGAAAUGUUGGGCCAGGGAGAUGAUAUCCAGUUGAGCAAGCAUAGUAUAGUGUACCUGAUAAACCGCAUUAAGAAGAUGACCGAGUGGCAGCAGUGCCUUACCUUGCAGCUGUUGUACACGUACACUCCGGCUGGCGACGAGCUCUUCGACCUCUUGAACCUGCUUGACGACUUGCUGAAUUAUUCGUCUACUGCCGUAUUCUUAGCCACGGCAAAGUGCUUCCUGGCUUGGACGGCCCACGACGACAUGCUGCAGCUGGAAGUUAUCAGGCGUAUUGAAAUCCCUAUGAUUGCUCUUAUAACCCAUUCGUGCAACGAGAUCGCAUACAAUCUACUUCUUAAUACGUUGCUUAUCAUAAUUAAUGCCCCGAGGCUGGAAGAUGACAGCGAAGCAAGCGCAACCUACAAGCCGCCCUUUGCGGACCACUAUGAGGUGUUCUUCUUCCGUUAUGAUGACCCGUCGUAUAUAAAGCAUGUUAAACUGAACAUUUUGGUUGCGAUUGCAUGCGAGGCAAACUACAUGGAAAUAGUCAAGGACCUCAAUGAAUAUGUUUCCGACACAAACCAUGCCAUUGCUGCGAAAUCAGUCAAGGCAGUGGGCAUCAUCGCUCUAAAGUUUCCGGCUCACCUCGACCUGAUAAUAUCACAGAUGUCGGUUGUGUUCAGCCUCGGGAUCUCGUAUCUUAUAAGCGCCGCACUUCACGUAAUACGUGCGUUGCUUUUGGUAUAUCCGUCGGGAGUAGCCAAGUUGCUGGAGAUUGUUGAGGCCUCACGUGACUUCAUCAGGGAGCCGCAGGCCUUGUCAUACUACAUUUGGAUCCUUGGUGAGUACGGUGAAAGCGUUGAACACGCACCGUACACGCUGGAGGAUCUGAUCGACCGCCCUGACAUUUCCGACAUCGCCAAGGAGUUGCUCUGCGCUUCCAUGAAGGUGUUCUUCAAACGACCGCCUGAAAUGUUUCCUGGACUUUCCCGACUGUUCCGAAAGGUCAUGAAUGAAAGUCAAGAUCCGGAUCUUGUAGGACAUGCUGACUUCUACUACGUGCUCCUCUCCACUGACCUAGAGGUUGGUUUCGUCUGGGUGAGCAUUGCAUCUGGUCUGCAGGCCGCCGAACGAAUCGUAAUGGCGCAAUCUUCUCACGACGCUGCCUCCGUGUUGGAAAACUGCAUAGUCGAUUUGGGUAUUGCGCUGCCAACAACUGAUUGGCUGGAAUCGUUCAACAGUUUAAACGCUUUUGAAGAGGACCUAUCGCAAGGAAGUUCACCUAGACGUUUUUUCCCGUUCACUUAUGGCGACAUAGAGAUGGACAUUUUGAUGUCGCCCGCUGCCUCCGAGUCGCCGGAGGACAGCGCAAGCUCCUCAGACUCUUCCGACCAGUCAAUCGAAGGGUACAUUGUCCCAGAUACUGUUAGCGCUAACCAAAGCGCUGUAUCCAGCACAUUGCAAGACGAACUGGGCCCCCUCGACCUGGUGGUACCGAAGACCUUGCUGUCGGAGGAGUUCCAGAAAAGCUGGUUUGCCUGCGACGCUAUCUGCCAAAGCACGGACGAAGUGCCUUCUGCGCAUGCUGACAUGAACUUCGAAGCACUCGAGGACAUGCUUUUCGACGUCCACAUCGCGACGCUCGCAUCCGGCAAGAGCCAGAACACCACGAAGAUGUACCAGUACGCACAAAACUCUGCGGGGCUUGUGGAUGCUGAAGUCGUCGAAGAACAUGUUUACUUGCCUGUAGAUGGGCGCGUCGGCGUCGCUGGAGAACGCCUUGCACACAAACAGGCCUUGAGGGUCGAGAACGGAAGCACAUACGCUGAUGGCAGCGCGUAUGAGGCAGGACUGGACGUACGCGUCGGUUUCGUGGAGUCCGCUGACAUCCGGGGCGCCGUCGCAUGA